GUGGCAACCCUGCGGUAUCCCGUCAAUUCGAAAGCAGCGAGGGAAAACUGAUCCACAACAAGUCGUGGCAGUGACAUCAUGCCUGUGUGCGUGUUGUCUCAGAGCAGUCAGAUCCCUGCUCAUCUGACCAGAACCUCCAUCUCUGCCAUCCGCACCGGCCCCGACUGGACUCAUGCUUGUGUCAAGGGGAGAGUGGUACACAAAGACGCUCUGGUGCCACUAGACGAUGACGACUUCAUACUAAAGGCUGUCAUUCAAGAUGUGGAUUCAUCUCCUAAUACUACAUGUCCGGAGAUAUCCAUUAAGAUGCUCCUGAUGGGAUCACUGGCCAAGGACUUCUCCACGACUGUCCACCUGGGGGAUAUGGUGGUGGCCUCUGGCUUCUCUGUCUCCAAGUCUUCCACAGUCAAAGAGAAGCAGCAUCCGUGCACUCUGCUGCUGUCUGGGCAGGGCGCAUGUGUCUAUGUGUGUAGUUCUGAAGUCAACUCUGUGGUGACAAGGAAAAGGUCUCCUAAAGCAGUAGAGGUGAGACAUCUUCAGCCUGAAGUCACCUCUGUAGUGACCAGAAAAAAGGCCUCUUGGACCACACAGGUUAGAGCCUGGGCCUCUCUCCAGGCACCUGGAGAAGCCAAGGAGGCAAAGUAUGUUUACUCUCGGCUGGACGAUCUUGAGGUUGGGACAAGGGUCAACGUCUAUGGAGUGGUGGUAUUCUUCAAACAACCAUUUAAGUCCAGUGGAACAGAUUACUGCUCUUCUUUAAAAAUCACUGACCAGUCCAACCAGAGAAUCGGAUGCAAUAUUUUCCUUUCAAAGUUGGAGGAGCAUCCCAAAAUAUUUCAAGUUGGAGACAUCAUCCGCAUGCAUCGAGUCAAGGUCUGCCGCUUUAACGACUCCGUCUCCCUGAUCAACACGUUUGGUUUCUCUGCGGUGACAUUUGAUGGGUCAAAGGGAGAGCCCGUGGAGCCCCGGACCUCCUGCCAGACCAUUCACUUUGACGAGGAGGACCAGCGCAUGGUGGAGCAGCUGAGAGCCUGGUCCUUCAAUCAGGCCCUGCUCCCCACCGCCCCCUCCGUUACCCUGUCCACGGUGCAGCCCAGUGCGUACUUCGACCUCAGCUGCCAACUGCUUGCCAAAGCCCCCCUCGACUCAUCCUGCACACUGCUCAGGGUGUGGGACGGGACCAAAUGUCCACACCCGCUGCUGAAGGUCCUGGUUGACCCUGAGAUGACAGAAGGCCCCUCCUCCUUUUCCCCUGAACAAGAGAACCUGAUCGCCAAUGUGCUGGUCUACGACAAUCAUGUGGAGGUCGCUGAACAACUCAAGCCCGGAGACUUCCUGAGGAUCUAUAAUGUGAGGGCGGUUCUGGGCUCCAGUAAAGUCCCAGGGCUGGCAGGGACCCAAACUCUGGAACAGGACCACCUGGCCUUCCACCUCCACAGGGGCACAGCCUACGGGAGGGGCAUCAGGGUGCUGCCCCAAACAAGCCCCACUGUUCAAGAGCUCAAGAGUGUAAUCGAAGCCUUUAUGCAAAAUGAGGACGACCACGCCAUGAUGGAGGUUUGGGGUACUCCACCUGAGUCUGUAGAUACAGAUCCUGUCUCAACUGACAGCAUCACAGAAACAAACUGCAGACACAGCAUUGACCCACUGACCCUGUCUGAGGUCAAAAGGUCAAAUCCAGGUCAAGUUCAUCACGUCAAAGUCCAGGUGAAAUCCUACCAGCCCCAGAAACUACACCAGAGCCUCAAGCUUUUCUGCGACAAGUGCUCUACCAUGCAGGACGUCCCAGAUGAGGACCACGUGUUGGGACUGCUCUCUGCAGCAUCCCAGGACAGGGGGCCGUGCUCUGCUCCUGUUUGGGCCCUGUCUGGACAGGUGCAGCUGCCCGUGGGACCUGCAGGGCCCUCUGAUCUGAGCCUGUACUUUUCCCCUCAGCUCAUGUUCGACGGCAAGAACAAGCAGCUCGUGUUCCUCAAGGGUGCGAAUCUAGCCCAGGUGAAGACUCUCUCUGCCAGUUACCUGAACAUUGUCCCUGUGCGGUCCUCAGGAGGUCAGCUGGCUCUGCUCGACCUGUCUGCCCCUGUCCUGUUCAGAGGCAGGAGGAGAUACUAUGGGUGUAAAAAAUGUUCAAAUCCUGCUGUGAGGGAGCCCAGUGUGGAAGGGGUCGACGUGGUGUCUGAGAAGUUAGUGGCAGAAGCCCUGGGUGUAGAGCUGCUCCGGUACGUGCUGCUGCUGAGACUGGAGCUGCAGGACUCCUCUGGCUCUCUGGACGUCCUGUUGUGGAGAGACGCAGAGUUGUUCUUCAACGUCUCUGCAGCUGAUGCAGCGUCCAGUCAGAAAGUUCAGGACCACAUCUGUCAGACCAUGGGCUCUCUGUGUCCACCAGAGGGCAGCACAGUUUGGCGCCCGUGGCUGGACAUGUGUCUUGUGUCCUAUGAAGCACAAAACGAUGAAGGCAUUAACCAGACAGUUUACCAGAUCUGCCACACCAAACUCUCCAAAGCCACUCCAGAGCCUGACCCCGUGACUUCCCCAUGAAGGUCAAAGGUCGACGUAACUGAUGCUCAACUUUGUAAAAAAAAAAAAGUACAAAUAUUUUCAAUUGUAAUAGUGUUCUUUUGUUGUUUCGAGAUAAAUAAAUGAAAUAAAAUCUGC